UAAGGGCUAUCGUUCUCUUUCAAUCACGCUCUCCCUCUGCAACCUUCGCCGGAGAAAACAAAAAUGUCGUCGGUGGUGGCGAAAAGCAACAAGAUCCGGAGCAUUGUCCGGCUCCGACAAAUGUUACAACACUGGCGGAAGAAGGCACGUGCAGCGGCCUCCAGAGCACCGCCGACUGAUGUCCCCGCUGAUCACGUUGCCGUAUGCGUUGGCAGUGGCUGUCGGCGAUUCAUUGUCCGUGCGUCCUUCCUGAACCAUCCGAUCUUCCGGAAGUUGCUCUCACAGGCUGAAGAGGAAUACGGCUUCGCUACGCGAGGUCCUCUGGCGCUUCCGUGCGACGAAUCGGUUUUCGAAGAGGUUAUCCGAGUCAUUGCUCGCUCCGAGUUGAAUAACUCGUCGCGAAGUUCGAGUAUCAAGGAUUUGCAGAGGCGAUGCGAUAAAGAUGUCAGAAAAAACCUCGAGUAUUUAGGCGAAUCGAGACCUUUACUGUACGGAUUCGCUGAUAGUUGAAGCGUUCGAGUGGCUGAAUCGCCGCGGAUUCGACUCGGAAAUCGCUGAAUCUGGUUCCGCUACGGUCCUCCUCUGGUCAGAUUCGGCCAGAGAGACGGCCCGACGGGCUUUAACGGUUGCUUUAGCGAGUCAGUCUGCUAUGAAUCAGAGCCUGUAAAUGCCUUAAUGAGGCCUCCAUUUACUUCUUGCGUAGAAAAUUGCAGACAAAUAUAUGUAUAUACUGCGCUGUGCAUUUGUGCUUAAAA